AUGGCAGAAGACGCCUGUCCCGUCGACCACAAAACCCGCGACGCCUGGCUCGCCCACGCCCGCGCCGCCGAAGCCUCCAAGCAAUCCCAACCCCAAUCUUCCACGCAAAGCGAAGCAUCCAAAUGCCCCGUCGACCAUUCCGCCGCCAAGAAGCCUUCCUCAUGGACACAGACAAUCUCCUCCUACAUCUGGUCCUCUCCCUCCCCCACCACAGAUCACCUCCCCGCAAACCACCCCGCGAUGCCAUCAUCUUCGCCAACGUUAUCAAACCUCGAAACCUCCCGCGUAACAUCCACCAUCCCCCGCUCCUUUACAAACUCAGAUGAAUGUCCCGUCGACCACGGAGCUUCAGCGAAUCCCUCGAAUGCAGAGAUUGAGUCCGGCGCAGACGCUUCGGGAAACUGGGUCUAUCCCUCGGAGAAGAUGUUCUUUGAAGCGAUGAAGCGCAAGGGCUACGAUGCGCGCGAGGUGGACAUGAAGACUGUCGUGCCUAUCCACAAUGCCGUCAAUGAGCGCGCGUGGCAGCAUAUUAAAGAGUGGGAAGCUCCCUACUUGACCGACUCAAAAUGCGACGGCCCCAGACUCUCCUCCUUCGCCAACAAAAGCACACGCAUGACCCCAACAGCCCGCAUCAACACCAUCCUCGGCUACACCGCGCCCUUUGACCGGCACGACUGGGUCAUCGACCGCUGCGGCACCCGCGUCGACUAUGUCAUUGAUUUCUACGCCGGAAGGCCCGGCGGCACGGCUGGAGCACCGAGCUUCUAUCUCGACGUUAGGCCGAAGCUGAAUACCUUGGAGGGAGUCAAGAUGCGGGUCAUGAGGUGGACGGGAUUGGCGUGA